AUGAAGUAUUGCACAUUAAAAAGCUCGGCCAAUUUUAAGAUCAGUCAGUACGCUGCCAUGGCUACCUCGUCUUCGCAAGUGUCGUCCCUGUCACCAGCGGCGCUGGAGAUUUUACCAAACAUCCUGGCAGCCAUCGGUCAGACGCCCUUAGUACGCAUAAAUAACAUCAACAAGAAAGCUCAUCUACAGUGUGAACUUCUGGCCAAGUGUGAGUUUUUUAACGCUGGUGGGUCGAUCAAGGACCGCAUUGCUAAGCGAAUGAUAGAAGACGCCGAGGCAGCGGGUCGCAUUAAACCUGGUGACACACUUAUUGAGCCCACGUCUGGCAAUACUGGCAUUGGGUUAGCGCUCGCAUCGGCUAUCAAGGGCUAUCGAUGCAUCAUCACACUACCGGAAAAAAUGAGUCUGGAAAAAGUAAACAUUUUGAAGGCACUUGGGGCUGAGAUUAUCCGUACGCCCACAGAGGCUGCGUGGGACUCGCCGGAGAGCCAUAUUGGAAUUGCCAAAAGACUGCAGGUUGAGCUUCCAAACGCUCACAUUUUGGACCAAUAUGCCAACCCGUCUAAUCCGUUGGCACACUAUGAGGGCACAGCUGAAGAGAUCUUGGACCAAUGUGACGGAAGAGUGGAUAUGGUUGUGAUAGGUGUUGGUACCGGUGGAACAAUUACUGGGAUCGCCAAGAAGCUGAAAGAGAAAUGUCCUGACGUUAUUGUUGUUGGUGUGGAUCCGGAAGGAUCGAUUUUGGCCCAGCCCGAGUCAUUGAACGACAAGAAUCGUUUGAAAUCGUACAAAGUAGAGGGUAUUGGCUACGAUUUCAUUCCGGACGUGCUUGAUCGCAACCUGGUGGAUAAGUGGGAGAAGACGAACGACCAAGAGUCAUUUAUCAUGUCCCGCCGUUUAAUUCGUGAGGAGGGGCUUUUGUGCGGCGGAUCGUGUGGUUCCGCAAUGGCGGUGGCAGUGCGUGCCGCCGCUACACUAAAGACUGGCCAGCGCUGCGUCGUCAUUCUGGCGGACUCGACGCGUAACUACAUGACAAAGUUCAUAAACGACGAGUGGAUGUACGAGAACAAAUUCGUGGAAAAUACGGUACACACCCGCGAAAACUACUCGAAGUACCGCAAAGAAACUGGCACGUGGUGGUCGGAGCAGCGUGUAUCGGUGCUAGAGCUACCGCACCCUUCGACAGUGCCUCCCAUCCUCUCAUGCGCUGCCGCUAUUGAGACGAUGGAGCACCAUGGUUACGACCAGCUGCCUGUCGUGGCAGAAAAUGGUAUUGUACAGGGUGUGGUUACCAUUGGCAACCUGUUGUCAAUGCUAUCUUCAGGUCGCGUUAUGCGCACGGACCCAGUCGGAGCUGUGACUUUUGGCAAUUUCAGCCGUGUUACUCAUGAAAGCUCGUUGGCCGAACUCGCCACUAUUUUUGACAAGGACUACUUUGCUGUCGUAACUUCGAAAGACGAAAAGAUUGCUGGUCUUGCGACGAGAAUCGAUCUCUUAAACUACAUUACUAGUGCUCACAAGGACUAA